AUGGAAAGAAGAGGAAAAGGUUUAUUAGAGAGAGAGAAGAAAAGGGAAGGAUUAAUGGUGGAAAAGUUGAAAGAUGGGGUUUUUGUGGGGAAAAGAAGAGGCCCUUCUACUCCACCACCCAUUUGGAGACUUGAGUUUCCAUCUCAGCAGAAUGGUUACAACAAAAACCCGGUUCAAGAGUUCCUCAACUUUCCCGACUCAACAACACUCUCUGCUAGAAAGCUCUGUGCCAAACUCUGGGAAAUUCAGCCCCACCAAUUGUCCCCACUUUCCAAAACCAGGCUUCGCCGCCACCGUAAGGAUACAACCCUUGAGGUUCCUAAACAAUUGGAUGAGCCUCCACAUAGACCCUCUAACCAGCCAGCAUCACCUAGGGGCUUGAGAAGACAUGCUCAAGCAUCACUUGUCCAGCAUCAUAGAUCAAUUGAAAGAAAUGGUUGUGCUUUACAGCCGGUAUCCCCUGCUAGUUUCAGUAGCUCAAUGGAAGUCUCACCAUAUAAUCAUUCAGUAAAUCCUAUUAGUUCCUUAGACUUCAGGCGUAGGAAUGGAGAGUCAAGUUUCAAACCCAAAACACCCAGAGAGUUACUCAAGGUACUUAACCGUAUCUGGCGUCUUGAAGAACAGCAUGUAUCAAAUAUAUCAGUAGUGAAAGCCCUGAAAAUGGGACUAGAUCUUUCUCAGGCACAGGUUAAAGAGUUACAACAAAAAAAGCAAAUGAAUAAGCAGGAAAUGGAGAACUUAAUGAAGCAAAUGACAGAUCAAAAGCCUGUUAGGAAGAACAAAGAACAUGACAAAAUUAAAGCUGCAGUUGAAUUAGUCAAGAAAGAGAUAGAAGAUGAAAGGAGGUUAAGAAAGCAUUCAGAAAGCCUGCAUCAGAGGCUGGCUAGGGAGAUUUCCGAAGUAAAGUCUUCAUUCUUUGCUUCUCUGAGAGAUCUUGAAAGAGAGAGAAAAGCACGGAUCCUUUUGGAGAAUUUGUGUGAUGAUUUUGCCAAAGGAAUAAGAGAUUAUGAACAUGAGGUACGUUCUCUUAUGCAGAAUGCUGAGAAAAGUGAGGUUAAAGGGGAUAGUCUUGAUAAGCUAAUACUUCAUAUUUCAGAAGCUUGGCUUGAUGAGCGCAUGCAAAUGAAGCUAGUUCAAGCUGGCAGUGAUCUCCCAGAGAGAGAUUCUAUUGUUGACAAGUUAGGUGUUGAUAUUGAAAAAUUUCUUUGGACAAAACGAUCUGUUGACUUGAGAAGACAUGGUAACUCCUCCUCAAAGGAGCUCAAGGAAAUUUACCCUUGCCUACAUUCAUUGGAUUCCUUUCCACCUAAGGAGGCCAUAAGUGCACCUCAUAAUAUGGCUGAGGAGGAUUCCAUCAGUGCCGACAUUUUCGAACAAAAAAGGACUGCUGACAAAGGACUCGACAAAUUCAGCUCCAGACAGCACAGCAAUAAUAUUGCAGAGGUCCACAAAGAAAAGAAAGGAAGCCAUCAUUCAGUGAGGAAACAAGUUCAGUCAAAGGAAAUCAGUGAGGAAUGUCAGUUGCAAGCAAACGUGGGCAAGAACAUGUCAUGCGAUGAAAAUGAGAGUUGGUUUGUUGAGAGGAAAUCAAGUGAAAUUGGAAGGGACAGCACAUCUCUAUUAAAUGCCACUGGGGUAUCAACUGUCUGUGAGGCAACACAAGGUCCACAAGAAAGUGAUAGACCCUGGACAAAGAGAAUGAAUUCAAGUCACAGGCUUGACAACCAAGUUGGAAAUAGUUCCUUGUCAUCAGAAGGCGAUAAGGUUUAUCCUGAGAGUAUUUGCAGGGAAGAUUCUUGUAUCCAUUCUGCAGCUACAGGUAAUGUUAGUCCUGUAAAACAAUGGAAAUCUACGUUGAUUGUCCCAGAUUUUGACAAGUCUAAGUCUUCUUCCAAAUUGCCUAGGGGAGUAAAGGAUGACACAUUGAUGGCAAAACUGCUUGAAGCAAGGUUAGAGGGGCAGAAAUCUCGCUCUCGCUCCAGAGCUACCAAAAGCACUUUUUGA